CUCUCUCUGCACAGCUCUGUCUGACAGUGUGAGGCGUCAGCUCUCAGAGCAUUGCAACAGGUUCCUGUGAGUGCCGGUUAGGGUAACCACACCAGCACUGUGCUGCACCUUCCGGAGUACACUGAAGAAGAAAGAAUUGAAACAUUUAAACAAAAAAGGCAUGAAAGAAUAUGACACGCACACCUGGAGGCUUCUUAGUACAAUUUAAAUUACAAACUAGAAAGGGCACGGCUCCUAAACUUUACUGUAUGUGAAAGUGACAAAUGUGCUGCCUCUUGGACUUCAUGGACACUGGCAGAGAUUCCUUCACAGCAGUUUUGUUUUCACCUGCUUGUACUGGACUGACUGAAUAGCAUCAUGACAGAGGAGAACGGAGCGGUGACCCACAACGGCACAGCAAAGGCGCCAGAGGAGCUGAAGAUAGUGAUCGUCGGGGAUGGAGGCUGUGGCAAGACCUCCCUGCUCAUGGUCUACGCUAAAGGGGAUUUCCCAGAGAAAUACGCUCCCUCCGUGUUUGAGAAGUAUGUUUCCAGUAUCAAAGUCGGGAACAAGGAAAUCAACUUGAACCUUUACGACACAGCAGGUCAAGAGGACUACGACAGGCUCCGCCCACUCUCCUACCAGAACGCCAACCUCGUCAUUGUCUGCUAUGAUGUCACCAACCCCACCAGCUUUGAUAACGUCUUAAUCAAGUGGUUUCCAGAGGUAAACCACUUCUGUGUCGGAGUCCCCAUCAUCCUCAUCGGCUGCAAGACAGACCAGCGGAAAGACAAGGAGCGCACACGGAAACUCAAAGCUUCUGAUCAGGAGCCAAUUACCUAUCUGCAGGGUGAAGAGACUGCACAGCAGAUUAACGCCGAGAUGUACUUGGAGUGUUCCGCCAAAUUCAGGGAAAACAUUGAGGACAUUUUUAAAGAAGCCACAAAAACAGCUCUGAGCGCCAUGAAGAAAGCGAAGCACCGGAAAAGGAAACACAGGCACUGCGUGGUGCUGUGAAACACCGCGCCUGGAGCGGGAGCAGCAUUCUCCACUGUGGGGCAACAGCAUGAAGAAAAGGAGAUUUCUUUUUAAAAAAAACUCUGCUAUAGCAUACUUUCUUGCAAUGCACCUGGAGCAAUGAUCACGUGUUUAACUUAAAACUUAAUAAUAUUGAAACAUCCGACCGAGCUGCUUAUAGCACUGCAUUUCUGAAAAGUUCAUGCAGCCUAUUCUACAGCAGUGUAAGACAUUUAAAAAAAAAGAUUCAUUUAAAAGUGCCCAUUUAUUUAUUUAAAGAUGGUUUUAUGGAUGACAUCCAGUUUUCGUAUUCAUGAAACGGUUCUACUCUUUGUAACAACACUCUAGCACAGUUUCGCUGUGUUGUCAUUGAGUGGAGACAUGGCUCUCUCAAGCCUGGUGUUUGGAUUUCUGCUGGGCUCAGUCAAGGCUGCUCUACCUACAUUCUCAGCCAACUCCACGACUGUUUGAGGACCACCUUAUCUGGAGCAUUUCAGUGUUCAAUAUAAACCUUUUUUUAUUUUUAGUAUUAUCUGGUAACCUUGGCUCCAGUGUUGGAAGGAAUGUAUUAUUAUUAAUAACAUUAUUAUAUUUUUAAAAUGUGUCUGCUUUACAUGGUCAAUACUUCACAGGAAAUAAAAUGUAUUUUUUCCCCCUCGAUCAUAUUAAUUAUGUUAAGGUCAGGUAAAAACCAGUACAAAAUGACUUGUAAUUAUCACAGAGUUAAGGUAAAGUAUUACAAUGUUUUGAUUUAUUUUUUGUGAAGAUUUUAAGAUACUUCCAAUAGAUCACAAGUACAGAAAUGUUUUAAAUUGAAAUAAAAAAAGAAGCACCACCACAAGUCUUUAUGCUGCUGAGCUCCAAGUAUGAACUUCAACGACAUGACAAACAGCACACUGUAUGAAAAUCUGUUAAGCAACACUGUCAUCAAGAGUGUCCUUUUCCAGUGUGAACUGUGCUACAACAGCACUUGCUUAAUUAGCUAGGCACACAAUCCUAAUUAGUUCAGUUCUGGCAUUUGAAAGCAAUUGUUUUUAAACCUAUGCAGCAGGGUCCAAUGUCUUAUUUUCACUGUAAUCAAUAUGAACAGAACAUGGGACAGAAAUGAAGUUUGCAAAACUGCUCAAUACUUUGUUGAGCAGAAUAUGGUGAAUAUAAAUGACUGUCUAGAAAUACCAAACGAUGUGUGUAUAUUUCAUAUCCGUGUACAACAUUAUUUCAUCUUGUAUUCCAAGGACUUUUUUUUUUAAUAAAAGGAAGUUAUAACUGUU